AGCCAUCUCCCCCCUAUCUCUUUCCACUGUAUCUCUCCCCACUGUGCGCGUGAGAGAGAGAAUUGGGAAGAAAACAAAAGACGCCAGUUACUUCUUACUGGCUUAGCAAUUAAAGAGAUUAUUUGUUUUGUUGUUUUUACUUUGAAAAAAGCUUAGUUGGGAUUAUCUUUAAUUGCUCACAUGUCACUGCAAACGGUGGUUGAAUGUAUUAUUCACUCCCUCCUGCAACCAAACAACAUGCCAAUUUAUCGCUGCAAAAGUUCCCAUACUCGUUUGAUUUCCUUAUUCUUUAAUCAUAAUCACAACCCACAAACUGAUUGCGUUUAUUUUGCCUUUGCUUUCUUUCAUACCAUCACCCAACCCAUUUGUAGGCUUUUCAAGAAACAAAUGCCUAUCUUUCUUGAAUAUUGCUUGCCUCUUACUCUUUCUGCUCGUGGGUCUGCUUCUUUAAUCUAAUCUAAUCCCCCUUUUUUGUUAUAACUUUUAAGAGGCCUAUCUUUCUUGAAUAAUUUAUUCACUGUAAAGAGAUUGGAUUAUUUUCAUUGGGGAUUUUUUUCUUUCAAUGUUCUGAUUCUUUAAUCUAUAUAUCAUUAUUGAGAUUGAGUUGGUAGGUUUUUCUUAGAGAUUAAUUGGUUGUUUUAUGUGGGAUGGGGGCGGUGAUGCUGCCAGUUCUUGGAUUGGUGCUUAAAAUCUUUGCCUUAGCUUGUUCGUUGGUGAUCGAAGGAUCUGCAGAGCAUAGCUUAUCCCCAUCUGCGGUUGCAUUUUCUGCAAUUCCUCCUGUUGCAGAAGGAACACCUGGCCCUUUGCCUAAAGAAAACAUAUCCAGCAGUGUAGCACCCACUCCAGCAUCUCAACCAAAUGGAUCAAGUUUGCACCCUCUACUUGCAAUGCCACCUCACAUGCCAGCACAAUUACCUCAAACUAGAAAAGGCCCCGUGGCUUCCCCAUGGCCAAGUCAUCCUUCAGUACCACUGCCUCAUCUUUCGGUUCCACCCCCAUCAAUUCAAGACUCUGUACCAGUUGUGCCACCCACUCCCCCUCCUGGGAAUCCUCAGCGCAUAGAACGUCCUUUCACGCCACAAGCUCCAGCAUCCAUGGCAUCUCCUUCUAUGAAUCCCCCACCAAACCGGCAAACUACACGUCCCCUUGUGCCAGGAUCUAUGCCACCAACUUCUCCUGAAGCUAAAUCACCUGAAAGUGAUACCACCCUCUCACCGAUUCCCCCAGUAACCAAUGUUCCUGCUCCAAGGAUAAUGCCACAAAGUCCAUCACCUUCUCAUCCAGCUUUUCCUGAGGAACCACCAUCCAUUCCGCCUGUAACAAAUAUGCUUGCUCCAAGGAGAAUGCCGCAAAGUCCACUACCUUCUCGUCCAGUUAUUCCUGCAGAACCACCAUUCAUUCCACCUGUAGCAUAUAUGCCUGUUCCAAGGAGAAUGCCACAAAGUCCACCGCCUUCUCGUCAAGUUUUUCCAAAAGAAUCACCAUCCAUUCCACCUGUACCAGUUACAUCAUCACCUCCAGGAUUUCCAGUGAGUUCACCACCUUCGAAACUGAUAUUACCGGAAGAACCUCCCUCCAGUCCUCCAGAACAAAAUGUUCCUUCUGUGUUAACACCCUCUUCAAGCAUCAAUAGGAAAAAAGCAGCAAUGCCAAUUGCAGCAGGUCCUCCAAGUGGAACUACCAGCCAACAUGCACCUGUGAGCCACUCCCCAAAGGAAGCUCCUAUGCAUAAAUCCGUGGGGCGAUCUAAUAGCGCUUCCCCUCCUCAUCCAUUUUCCAAGUCAACUCCAAACACAGGGUUUUUUCCCACGGCAUCUCCACCUUCAACUUCAAUUCAGAGGAAGCAUCGUUCAAGGGAGCAUAAGAUUACUCCUGCUCCGUCAUCACAUAUGGCUUUCCCUCCCGCUUCGAUGAAACAAGGUCUGGCCCCUUAUAAUCCAAAAUCAGAUCCAAAGACUAAUCCUAGACAAAGGGCUCCAACACCCUCACACCCAGAUAAUAAUGAUUCUCUUGCACCAGCACCAGCUCCAUCUUCAACAUCUCCAUUUAAGCAAAGGAAAAUGCCCUUCAUUCCACCCCCGAAAAUGUCUCCUUCUGGAUACUCUCGUCCCAGAAAUCCAAAGAUGCCACUUCCGCCACCGUUGCAAGCACUGCCACCUCCACCUCCACAUAAAGAUUGUGCACCGUUGACUUGCGCCGAGCCGUAUACAUAUGGUCUGCUUGAAUCUGUCUGUGUUUGUGUGUUGCCCAUACAAGUGGCACUGCAGCUUAGUGUAGCGCUGUACACCUUCUUCCCUUUAGUGUCAGAACUAGCGGCAGAACUUGCCGCUGGAGUAUUUAUGAAGCAAAGCCAAGUACAUAUAAUGGGAGCAAAUGCAGCUGGUGAAAAUCCAGCAAAGACCAUUGUCCUUAUUGAUAUGGUACCCCUGGGGGAAAGAUUUGAUGGUACUUCAGCAUAUUUGACGUUUCAAAGAUUCUGGCACAAGCAAGUGGUCAUAAAAACUUCAUUGUUUGGUGAUUACGAUGUAUUAUAUGUGCGCUAUCCAGGUCUUCCUCCCUCUCCACCUUUGCCUCCUUCAACCAUUGGUAUCAUAGGCAGUAAGCCAUAUCCUGGUCAUGACAAUAAUGCACGGACUAUGCAUCCCCUUGGAGUUGAUGUAAGGGGGAAGAAGCAUAAUCGCGGGCCUAGCAGAAGCAUUGUAGCAAUAAUAGUCUUGUCCGCUUCUGUAGCUGUUAUCUUAUUGUGUGUUAUUGCAUGGGUUAUGCUCUUCAAACGUAGAGACAACAUUUCACAACGAGAUCCAACUUCACCAACUAUGAUUGGUUCCCUUACAAAAUCAUCAGGUGUUGCUGCAUCUAUAGUUGGAAGUGGACCCAAUUCUGCUUCAUUCUCUUUGGGUUCUAGCAUUGCAGCAUAUACUGGCUCUGCAAAGACAUUCAGUUCUAGUGACAUUGAGAGAGCUACUGAUUACUUCAAUGAGACAAGAGUCCUAGGUGAAGGUGGCUUUGGACGUGUUUACAGUGGUGUGCUUGAAGAUGGGACAAAAGUUGCCGUGAAGAUAUUAAAGAGAGAUGAUCAGCAGGGUGGUCGUGAAUUCUUGGCUGAAGUCGAAAUGCUGAGCCGCCUUCACCAUAGGAACUUAGUAAAGUUGAUUGGUAUAUGUAUUGAAGAUCGAAGUCGCUGCUUAGUGUAUGAACUUAUUCCAAAUGGCAGUGUGGAGUCUCAUCUACAUGGCAUUGACAGAGAGACUGUUCCACUUGAUUGGAGUGCUCGGCUGAAGAUUGCACUUGGGGCUGCUAGAGCUCUAGCCUAUCUGCAUGAGGAUUCAAGCCCUCGUGUGAUACACAGGGACUUCAAAGCCAGCAAUAUCUUACUCGAAGAAGAUUUUACUCCCAAAGUAUCUGACUUUGGUUUGGCGCGUACUGGAUUGGAUGAAGAGAACAGACACAUAUCAACUCGUGUCAUGGGAACCUUCGGGUAUGUAGCUCCAGAGUAUGCAAUGACUGGGCAUCUUCUCGUUAAAAGUGAUGUUUAUAGCUAUGGUGUAGUCCUUCUAGAACUCCUAACUGGAAGAAAACCGGUCGACAUGUCUCAACCACCAGGUCAAGAGAAUUUAGUUUCUUGGGCCCGACCACUCCUCACAAGUCGAGAAGGUUUAGAAUUGAUUGUAGACUCAUCAUUGGGGCCUGAUUUUCCUUUUGACAGUAUUGCAAAAGUAGCUGCCAUUGCUUCAAUGUGUGUUCAACCAGAGGUAUCACACAGACCUUUUAUGGGCGAGGUAGUUCAGGCGUUGAAACUAGUUUGUAAUGAGUGUGAAGAAACAAAAGAACUCGGAUCAAGAAGUUGUAGUCAGGAGAAUUUGUCUAUAGACGUAGAUGAUGCUAUGAUCGAUGCCAAUUCAGACCAUUUGCCGGAUCCUUUGCUAACUCAAUCCCCAAUCUCUAAUUAUGAUUACCGGCUCAAUGUUCAGAGGAAUCUUUCCAUGUCGGAGCUGUUGAGUUUGCCCACCAAUUAUGGGAGACAAGAUUCUGAGUCAUUCAGGAGGCACUCUAGUUCAGGUCCGUUAAGAACAGGUAAGGCCAUGGAACUGUGGCAGAAGAUGAGGCGAUUAUCUGCAGGCAGUGUGAGCGAGCAUAGGCUACUGUCAAGACUCUGGCCUGGAUCACACUAAUCAUAGACGAUAAGCUAUUGAGAUCACAAGCUCCAGGGUCCCGAUUUCCUGAAUAUUAUUGGCAUCAGUUCUUCAGAUUUUAAGAUAUUCAUGUGCUUGGGAAUUGGAAGUUAAAGGCCUUUCUUGAGAAGCCAGAGGAUGUGUGAGAGAGAAUCUGUGUGAAAUGGACAUCAAUAAAAAUGCUGGGAAAUUUUGGGAAAAAAAUUGAUUUGGCUUCCACAUUUGAAGCCCAGAUUGACAUCUAAAUAAAUGUAAUGGGAUGAUCAACUUGUAUUUUUGAAAUUUUUAUGCUCUAAUGUACAGUAAUUGGUGUAUGUUAUUAUGUGAAAUUUGUAAAUGGUACCUUUGUUCCUUGCUGGUAUGGAUAAAGCUAGUUUGCCUAAA